AUGUCGUUGAGCCCAAAGCAUACUACACCUUUUUCAGUUACUGAUAUCCUGAGUCCCAUUGAAGAGACUUAUAAGAAAUUUGGAGGUAUGGAGAGCACUGGAAACCUCAGCAACCCUCUGGGAGCCUACAGACAGAGCCAUGUCUCCCAGACAGGUAUGCAACAACACUCCAUGGGACACAAUGCCACAGUCACCACCACCUACCACAUGCCCCACAGUGUCUCCCAAUUUUCACAUGGGGCAGUAGGAGGUUACUGCAAUGGUGGCAUUGGCAACAUGGGGGACAUUCCUUCUUACCAAGAAACCAUGAGGACUAAUGCUGCUACAGGCUGGUAUGGAGCUAACCCAGACCCAAGAUAUUCAACAAGUAAGUAUUUUAUUCUUAUUGUACUGUGAUAUAAAGUGCUGUUUUGUUUCAUGACUUGCUCUGUGUGUGUGUCAACGUUCUAAAAAGACACUUGGCUAAUGUUAGAACCACCCACCUGCAUGUUUGGAACGUUGGAGUAGAGAUUGUUUAUGGAAGUAGCCCUCAAGUUAGGUUAAUUGAAAUGUUGGAUAAAAGGACUUGACAUGUCAACAGCAAGCUAAUUGCCUAUAUUACAGUUUCUAGAUUUAUGGGACCAUCCACUGGUAUGAACAUGGCCGGCAUGGGGACUCUGCAAGGCAUAGCAGAAGCUGCAAAGUCCAUGGCCCCACUUCACGCAGCCCCCAGAAGAAAGAGAAGAGUCCUUUUUUCCCAAGCUCAAGUAUAUGAACUGGAGAGGAGGUUCAAACAACAGAAGUAUCUCUCUGCUCCUGAGAGGGAGCACCUAGCCAGCAUGAUCCACCUCACUCCAACACAAGUGAAGAUCUGGUUUCAGAACCACAGGUACAAAAUGAAAAGGCAAGCCAAGGACAAGGUGACCCAACAGCUUCAGCAAGAAAGUAACUUGUGCCAGCAGCAAUCUCCUCGCAGAGUAGCUGUGCCAGUGCUGGUUAAAGAUGGAAAACCUUGCCAAAACAGUUCCAACUCAUCUACACCUAGCCAACAAGUACCCCAACAACAGAACACCUCCAAUGGUGUAUUGUCUUCUUCUAACGCUGUCCAUCAGCACCAAAACCAACAAGUUAACUCUCUGAGCCAAGCUCCAGAUCUAGAAGAGAUGUCACCAAGUCCCCAGUCACUCCACAAUCAGGUAGCCAACAUGGGCCAAAUGGACAACUCGAGUGUAGAUUAUAGUAAUGGAAUGGUCAAUGCCACCAUGCUCUAUGGCCGAACGUGGUAA